AUGUUCUUGAUCUGCCCUAUAGUGUGCUUUGUGGCCGUCUGGCUGGUCAUCCCACUGAUCCUACUUGCUAUCUUCUCAAACCCCAGGAUUCGUCAAGAGACCCGCUACCUGCUGCUUGCCAAUCUUUUGCUGUCGGAUUUAAUAUAUGUGUCUCUAUACACCCUGUGCACUUGCUUCAAUGCAGGGGCAAAGGGGACAUUUUUAAUCCAUUACAUCCUUUUAUUCCUGUCCUUCUGCCCCUUACUGUUGAUUGUGGUCGAAACAUUGCUGUACUCCCAUGACUUGAUGGAGAUAAGGACAGGUAUGUGGGUGACAUUAACUAACUGUAAUAUGUUAAUGAUCCUGCCCAAGGCUUUGACGCCCUACCUGUAUGGGUUCAGGUACAAAGAAAUAUCCAAACCACUCAAAGCUUUUUACAGGCUUAAAUGCCCAAGGCAAGCUGUGUCCCCGGUUACAGCAAAUCCAGAGUGAAGCUUAAAGGACUCACCUGUUGU